GUCUAAAUAUUUCCCACUUCUUUGAUGACCGUGCCCUUAUUGCGCGUAAGUUGCAUUUUAGCACAACAAAUCACUGACUGUGAUAAACGUUGAAGAAGACACUGUCUACUUCAUGGAUCCAUUAAAGAGAAGAUUGAUUACCGGAGAGUGGAAGAACAUUGUGGACAAAUUUUCUGUUAAUAUUAAAGCGGCAUCAAAAUAUAUAAUGCUCAUGUCAAAAGGCAAGGUCGAAAAACAAUUUACCUGGAAAAACUGUGCGGGUAUUCCGGAGCAACAUACUGCUAAAGACUGUGGCUAUUUCAUAAUGAGAUACAUGAAGGACAUAGCGGAGGAUAAGAACUUAGAUUUUUUCAGCAAGUGGGAGAGAAGAGGGAAGGCAACAUAUACGCAACAGCAUAUUGAUGCAGUCAGAACAGAGUGGGCAAAAUUUGCUGUUAAAACAUAUAUGUAACCAGUAUCACAUCUAGCUGGUUAGCACUUGGGUUUAGGGACUUAUUUUGGUAACCUUGAUAUAUGAUACAUUUGCACUUUUGUAAAUUUGUUGGAUAUGGCAAUGUAUGAAACAGAUGGCAGUAAUCUAUG